AGUGUAUUAAACCAUUAAGAUGAUAGCGUCCACAAUAUUUAUUUUAACCUGCAUUCAUUUCUUUAUACAGUUGAUCUUCACAGCCAAUAUUUCCACAUUGCCUGAGAGUUCGGCAGGAUUCUUAAAACAGGGAGAGGGAAACGUGAAAGCAAACUGCCUGAACAUUUUGAAUCAGGAAGUCAAGUUUUUAGAGCAACAUCAAUAUUGUGGUAACUUCACACAGAAAAUGCGAAGGAUGAUUUCCACAUACAAAAGGGUAAGGAAAGAGCUGCAAACUCUCAAGGAAUCUGGCUGCCAAGCCAAGAAAACUACUCCAAAGCUGAGAGACGAGGAUUAUUACUAAUGGUUUAUGGUAAAAAUACUACUAGAAAGAGAAAUAUUAAACAAAAAUUCCAAUCACUUG